AUGAAUAAAAUUUACGGUCUUGCCACUCCCGCUCCGUUCACUGUCGCUCUCUCGACUCCGACUUUCACUUUCCAGUUUAGGGUUCUUUCAAUCGAGAAUUCGUCGUAUGUAGUGACCAGUCAUUGCUUCAUUUCGAUUCUGAUUCCUCCAAAGCUAGCUUCUUCGCAUCCCUUCGUUGCUGAAAUUCUAGAUUGGGAAUUUCAAAAUCUUAGACCUAUGUUUAGGAAACGGAACUUAUUACUUCUGGAAUCGUUGCGCCGAUUCGAUUCAACGGCAAUGUGCAGUCGCAUACCCUCGAAACCAGCCUCGUUCUGCACAAUUGUUCAACCUCCUUCCGGAUUAAGCUGGGGAGUUUCUUCUCAAUCGAUCCUCGCGAAGAAGCUCGAAAUAGCUCUCAAGUCUCACCGUGUAGAUGAAGCCUGGGACGUGUUCAAAGAUUUCAAACGGCUCUAUGGCUUACCGGAUAACGCAACCAUGAACAGGUUCGUGACUCUAUUGUCUUACACGUCUGAUUCCAUUUGGCUUUCCAAGGCUGCUGAUUUGACUCGUCUGGCUCUGAAGCAGAACUCAUCUCUGCUAAGCUGCGAUGCUCUAACGAAACUUUCGUUAUCUCUAGCGAGAGCUCAGAUGGCUGAACCUUCAUGUGAAAUCCUCCGAACCAUCCUGGCUCGAGGCCACGUUCUAGCCUCGGAUGUGUCGAGCCUUGUGGUGAUGCAUUUGGUGAAAACCGAGGUCGGUACUUGCUUAGCUUCGAAUUACCUGGCUCAGGUUUGUGAUGUCACCAAGCCUGAUACGGCCUUGUUCAAUCUUGUCCUUGGUUCUUGCGUGAGAUUUGGUUUCUCUCUCAGAGGUCAAGAACUCAUCGAGCUCAUGGCGAGAGUAAAUGUCGUUGCAGACGCGCAAUCGAUUGUGAUCAUGUCUUCCAUUUACGAGAUAAAUGGGAUGAGAGACGAGCUGAGGAAGCUCAAGGAGCUCGUCGUUGGCCAUGUGCCUCCUCAGCAUCUUCGUCACUAUCGCCAUUUGUUUGAUAAUUUGCUAAGCCUCGAGUUCAAAUUCGAUGAUAUUGUUUCUGCGGGUAGGCUUGUUUUAGAGUUAUGCAAGAGUAAGGACUCGCUUUCAGCUCAGAAUCUUGGAUUUGAUUCCGUUUUUUUGCCUGUUGGGUCUUACCAUAUCAAAUCCGGUUUAAAGAUUCAGAUUACACCAACGCUUCUGCAGAGAGAUUAUUCAUCUCUCGGAGUGUAUACGGAGGCAAGAUUUGUCAGUUAUGAGAAAUCAGAGCUUGGUAUCACAAACAAGACUCUUGCGAAAUUGGUGUAUGGAUACAAGAGACGUGACAAUCUUCCCGAGCUGACGAAGCUUUUGCUUUCCGUUGGUGGAUCCAAGUUAUGCGGUGAGGUCAUUGAUGCUUGUGUUGGUGUUGGUUGGUUAGAAGCUGCUCAUGAUAUUCUUGACGACACUGAUUCUGCUGGACAUCGAAUGGAGCUGGAAACGUAUAGAAAGGUCUUGUCUGGGUAUUACAAGAGUAAGAUGUUGAGAAAUGCAGAAGUUCUUCUGAAGCGAAUGACGAAAGCCGGUUUGAUUACAGAUCCACCGAAUGAGAUUAUGGUUUCAACAGAAACCGGUGAAAACGCAGAGCUCAGGGCACUCUUGGCUGAGGAAGUUAAAGAAGGAGAGCAAAUGAAAGUUCCAAAUACGCUCUACGAGCUAAACUCGUCUCUCUACUACUUCUGCAAAGCUAAAAUGCAAGGAGACGCGGUGACAACCUACAGGAAAUUCCAGAAGAUGAAGAUCCCACCAACUCUCCAGAGCUUCUGGAUGAUAAUCGACAUGUACUCAUCUCUCGGCAUGUACAGGGAGAUCACAGUCGUGUGGGGAGAUAUCAAAAGGAACAGAGAGUUAGAGGUAACACAAGAUCUGUUGGAGAAGCUUGUUGUCAACUUCCUCAGAGGUGGGUAUUUUGAGAGAGUCAUGGAGGUUAUCAGUUACAUGAAGGAGAAGGGUAUGUAUAAUGAUCUAACCAUGUAUAAGAAUGAGUAUCUUAAACUCCAUAAGAAUCUAUACAGAAACUUGAGAGCUUCUGAUGCUGUAACAGAGGCUCAAGCACAGAGGAUUCAGCAUGUAAAGGCCUUCAGGAAAUUUGUUGGUAUAGUGGUUUAA